AUGAUUUUCAAAUUACAAUAUAUACUCACAUUCAUAUUUUCAUUCAUAAUUUCAUUUUCAAUAGCUGAUACUACUGAAACUACAGCAGCAACCACAAUAACUUCAGUAUCACCAACAUUAGUUUGGGUAACGGGGACUGAUUCAUUAGGUGUAACACAAACAACUCAAUCAACAUAUUAUCAAUCAUUUAUAACCACAUAUACUGAAAAUCAAGAACUGGUAUCGAGUGGAGCAAUUGGAUUAGGUAGUUUAACUAGUGGUAGUCAUAAAAUUGGAGAUAUAAGAAGUUAUGAUAUGAUAACAAUAAGUCAAGGUUCUGGCUCAAAUUUAAAAGCAUUAUCAUUUAAUUACUUUGGUGAUCAAAAACAAGAAUUUGGGUUGUCAUUUUUUACAAAAUUCUUGACUUUAAGUUUUGUAUUUAUUGUCUCAUCAAUUUUGUUCAUUUAG